AUGAUGACCCCCACCAACACUGCCGCUACGGUAACGGACACGGAGGAUUCCACUUGCUCUACUUCGUACGAGUCUCGAUUCCACACGUUUGUCUACGAGGAUCACUUUGGCCCUCAGCACGAACGGUCGGCCAUUGAAGUGCACUACACGCAAGCACUAUGCAUGGCACUGGGCAAACAGAACGACUACACCAAGGAACAAUCGAGUUGGCUCAAGGGAUUCUUGGUCACCAAAUCGGCUCCAUCGGUCUUGAUUGAAUCGGUCGAUGCUUUGUUGGAACAAGCGGGUGAUUUGAGUGAAGAAGAAUUCCAAGAAGACUGUGCGUUGCUAGCGUCUACAUUCUCCUCCAAAGCGGCACCUUCUGUCGUCUACGACAUGAUGUGUGGUGCCUGUGUCGGCGGAUUCCAAAGUGCCCAUCAAUGGGAAGCCAUUGUGGCUCUUUCGCGACAGUGGCACGUUAGCGAAGAAGUCUUGAGCGAAAUGCGCGAGACUGUGGAAACCGAAGAAGCUCAACGUCGUCAUCGACUGCAACGACUCUUUCCCAAAAUUCGCAACAUUGAUCACAUGCUCAUGAUGCCUCGUAUUGAAACACACAUGUACAUGGCACACAAGAGACAGUCUGCUGUCCGCAACAGCAACAGCAGCAACAAGACCAGGCAGUACAAAUUGUAA